AUGCCUCAGGAACUUGUCCCCACGGGACCUUCGUCAAGCGAUUUGCAGGCUGCAACCUUAGACGAUUGGUUAAAGGAAGUCUCUCUUGAUGACCAUGUCUCUGCAAGUAGCGUCGCGGAGCCAGCAAGAGUUGCCGCCAGUGAGAGUGGUGAGCCGAGUGUCGCGGCGACCGCCGUUUUGUCUUCUAGGGAGUAUGCGGCUCAUCUACGGAGUUCCCACCUGAGCCUGCAAGAUGCCACGCCGAAGUUCUUUUGGGAGCAGGGUUUCUGGUCCGAUUUCUUUGGCCCUGCUUCAGUGCCAGAAACCAUCAUGCCGAGAUUCAAGGACAGGCGGCCCGAUCCUUAUCACUUGCCUUUGCCAGAGCCUGUCGAGAUUGGGCAAUCACAAUCUUCAAAGAAGCCACGUCGAGAGUUCGCUGCAGUCUUCCAGCAAGUGGUGGUUCAGCGACAGGUGAUUUCUUGGAGGGAUGCGCGUGAGGCCUCCUUUGAAACGGCCAUUGUGAAAUGGGUUGCUCUGUUUGGGUCAUGGGAUUCUAACAAGGAUGAGUCUCUGGAUGGCUUUGCACUGUUGUCUGAGCUUGAACAGAGGAAAGUCAUUGAUGAUAGCAUUGCACGCAAAGCCCCUUCGACUGCCUUGAAAAGGGCCAACUCGCUGAUCAAACUCACGAAGUUGGCAGGAGCCGCACACAUUGCCAUGCCCGCCUCCGAAGGUGAGAUCUAUAUCAUUUUGAACGAUGCCAAGUCGGGAGGGGCCCCAUUAUCCCAGCUGCGGGGGUUUAUGGAAGCCAUUACCUUCUCGAGACACGUCUUCGAAAUCAGGUGCCUGCAUCUAGUCAGUGUCAGCAAAAGGUGUUGGGGUGUCACCGUUGCCAGGGUUGCAACUCCUGCAAGACAGGCUGACCCCCUGCGGGUCAAGGACCUCAGAGAGCUUCAUAGGGUGUUGGAUGAGGUGCCAGACCCCUGGGACCGUUGCUUCGCUGGCAGCGCGCUGUUUUGCGCGUACGGCCGUUGCCAAUGGUCGGAUUCGCAGCACUUGGAUGAUAUUGCACUUGAAUAUGAAGAGGGCUCCGACUCUCCGCUCGCCUUUGUAGGAGGUGUCAUUGACAUUCAUAAAACAAUGAACCUGCAGGGUCAGCAGCCUCGUGUCCUUGAAAUCGUUGCUCAGGGUAUCUACGAAGGUGAUUGGGCCAUGAAGUGGCUCGCUGCAAGGGCCGAAGUAGGCUGUGCCUGGUCGCAAGGUCAUCCGACCAUGCCUGCACCCAAUCAUCUGGGAGAGCCUACUGUCAGGGCUCUUGGCAGUGACGAGUGUGGUGCCUGGCUCAGGGCUCUCUUGCCGACGAGGCUGGACAUGAGAACAACUUCGCAUUCCUUGGAAAGCAACCUUCUUGAGCUAUUGUGCAAAGAGGGGUUGCUCCAAGGUGUCAUCAGAGAGAUUCGUAUGGGCGUCUUCGUGCCGGAUGCCAACCGUGCUGGCAGGCUCAUUGACAAUUCUGAGCACGAGGGAGAUUUAUCGGAGGCCGAUGAUGGAGAGUCGAGCAGCAAAUCGAGCUCGAAAUCUUCAGUUGAGGGCACCACCAGCUCAGAUUCGGAUGCAAGCUCCAGUUCUGAAGAGGAUGGUCCAGGCCCCCGGAUUCCGCAGUUCGUCCCGCGCCUGCCAGAGCCUCCUGAUGGUUUCCGGUUUGUGCAACACGCAAAGUUGAAGACCUUGCAUUAUGUCAUGCAGGGCCACUUGAACUUCACAGUUUGCGGACGGCGCAUUACGGAUUCGCUCACGGGAUCCUUAUCGCUCAAGUGGGACAGCCCGGUCUGUCGAAAUUGCAAGAAGUCCGUAGGGAAGGGUGUCACAACGCGUGGCGUCAUGUCGUUGAUUGAUUCAAAAGCUGAGUUCGAGAGCAGAUGCAAGGAUGUCUGUGGAAGCAGCGCGCUCCUUGAGAACUUACGAGCGAAAGGGAUCGAGAGCUUUUCGAGUUUGGCUUUUGCUUGCGGCACUCCCCAAACGCCUCCAACAGAGACAGAGUUUACGUCAUUCGCUGAGAACGUGUGUGGACCCGCAGUCGCCUUGGGAACUGCUGCCCAGCUUAGAAGGCUUCAUUUUGAGGCUAUCACACUUGUUGUGGCGCAGUUGAAACAGCAGGCAAUUGCAGAUCCGGCCGAGGCGGUCAAGAAACUGCCUUUGGCAGAAAAACAGGCCCGCAUCGAAGAUCAACGACGCAGGCUCCAUGGGCUCUUGUUGGAGGACGAGUUGCAGCCUUCGCAUGCACUAAUCGAUGCAUGCGCGCACAUGAUUGAGCAGAAUCACAUAACAUGGGUCCCGCCAUCGAAGUGCACGAAGAGGGACCAGGAGUUGCGAGUUGGGUUCAAGGACAAAUCCAAGUUCCGUGUUGCUGCUGAGGGUGGUGUCACUCUUGCAUCAGCACCCACCGUGUUGACGGCCGAUCAUCAGACUCCUCUGCAGCUCCAGUGGUGUCUGCAAAGGCGAGGUCUUGCGCUCGACCUCAACAACAUCAUCGGCUGGACCUCGCACGAAAGGUGGGUCUCAUAUCUGAUGCAGACUCUCGCUCAGGAGGUUCCGGCAGGUUACCACAGUGUCACCGUCGACCAGCUCUUGAAGGCUGAUUGUGAGCUUUUCCUUUUGAUAUCGAAGGAGACAAAGCGAGUCAAGGUCGGGUCUGAUGGCACGAUGGAAGCUGAGGUCAAGCUAAAUCAGCUGAAAACCGACUCGAGGGUGACAAUGCAUCUGCUGCCAAUCCGUGGCGGUGGAAAACCAAGUGGCUCCCAAGCCAUCGUUGAAGUGCCAGUUCUUGAUGAUGCAAAUGCCCGCCUCAAGAAGAGGAGGACCCUUGAUAAGAGGCGAGGGCUCAUGGCCCCGGUUAAGACCGCAACGAUGCCCCAGGAGCUGAAGGCAUGUCCGCAUCACACUGAUUCUGCAGGACGGCGUGCAUGCUGGGGAUUCAAUCUUGGCCGGUGCUCCCUUGCAACUCAGGGAUCACCGCCUACAUGCCAGAAAGGCGUCCACAUCUGCGUGACAUGUCGCAAGCCGGGGCAUGGGCAUUUUCAGUGUUGGCAUGCUGGCAAAGGCAAGGGUGCCGGUAAAGGUAAGAAAGGUGCAAAGGCCGCCGCGGAGGCGGCAAAUGAUGCACGAAGCAGGACGCCUUUGAAGGCGACGGAUGCCGAAACUUCCGGCUCCUUCUCUUGCAUAAUUCAGAACCCAAGUCGAGAAAUUACGUCACGCGACCUGUCCUCAAAGGACGCUCGCACUUCGAAAGAUGAUUGCCAGUCCGCUGACCACCAUCCGGUUGAUCGCGACAAGCAUACAACACCGCCUAAUGCCAGCAAUCCCGUUGAUGCUGCUUCAUCGUGCAGCUCCGGGUUGCUUGAGCCUGCUGCUCAUUUUGAGCACGCACAUACCAAUGCCGAGAACAAAAUUUUUCACUUCCCGCCAGAAGCUCAGUCAGACGGGGGUGGAUCCGACGAGUCGGAUAGGAUUGCUUGCCAGAUUCUUGCGGCUGGGCAAUGCACUGCUUUGCAACUGCUCCAGCUCAUGGCCUCACUGCCUAGUGAAGACAUGGCCCGAAGCUCCGGCACGGUCGGCACUGAGAAGUCUUUUACUAGUGGUGCGUAUGGGCAGGGCCCCUUAGUUGGCCUGCGAAAGCACAUAAGCAGCCAUGCCCAUGUCACCAGACUUCUGGUAAAAUUGGCAGUGCAGUUCUUUCCAGCUUUGACUUUUACAACAGUGGCCUUGUUUCGUGAUGUCCAAACAACUCGACAUUCGGACAAAGGCAAUUUGCCGGGUUCUCUGAAUGGCGUAGCUGCGCUGAGCAGCUUCUCAGCCGGGCAUAUCAAGUUGCACACUUCAGAUGGCGAAAGAAUCCUCGAUGUGGCCACUUGCCCGGUUUUGUUUGAUCCAGUCGUGGAGCACGAAACUUGCUCUUGGGAGGGCACCCCCGCCUUGUGCUGGUUGCAUUCUCCGUGA